AUGUUGUCUGUCUGGAAUUUCUUGAAGCGUCACAAGAAAAAAUUUAUCUUCUUUGGUGCAUUUGCAGGAGGUGUUUAUCUCCUGGGGAAGUUUGCGCAGAAGAAAAUUAAAGAAAUCCAGGAGAGAGAAGCUGCUGAGUACAUUGCUCAGGCACGGAGGCAGUAUCAUUUUGAAAGCAACCAGAGAACAUGCAACAUGACAGUUUUAUCAAUGCUCCCUGCUUUGAAGGAAGCUUUAAUGCAACAACUGAAUUCAGAGAGCCUAACAAGUCUUCUGAAAAGCAGACCGACAAACAAGAUAGAAAUAUGGGAAGAUUUAAAGAUUAUAAGUUUCACCAGAAGUAUAGGAGCAGUUUAUAGCACGUGUAUGCUGGUGGUUCUGCUUCGUGUUCAGCUAAAUAUUAUCGGUGGAUACAUCUAUCUGGACAAUUCAUCAGGAGUAAAACCCUGCAAUGGUCUCCAAGCAUCCCCAGAGGUGCAACAACAGUAUUUGUCUAGCAUUCAACACCUCUUAGGAGAUGGCUUGACAGAACUGAUAACAUUAGUGAAACGAGCCGUGCAUAAGGUGCUUGGUGGCUUAUCUUUGAAGCACUCUCUGUCUCUUAUGGAUUUGGAGAAACAUAUCAAAGAAAUACGAAGGUCGGUGGAAGAAUGCAGUGAAACCCCAGUUUUAGAGGCAUCUCGAAGCAAGUCAAUGUUGUGUCGAUUCAUGAUGGCAGAUGAAGAGAACCCAUUAACAUCUCAGGCAUGUGGACUGACAGAAAAGGAUGUCAUUACGAUACGGCUACUAAGUGAAACCAGGGACAUGUUAGAAAGUCAGGAUUUUAGUACAGUGCUGAAUUCCUGCUUAAACCGAGGCUUCGGGAGGCUUCUUGACAGCGUUGCUGAGUUCUUUCGACCUACUGACCAAGAGCUUACCCAGCAUAGUCCAGCAGACAGCCUUUCUACCAUUAGUCUUCCUCUGGCCAAAGUUAUUCCAAUUGUCAAUGGACAGAUCCACUCCAUAUGUAGCGAGAUGCCCAAUCACUUUGAACAGGAACUACUACUCAUGGAACAAGUGAAGGACUUUGCUGCUAAUGUGUAUGAGGCUUUCAGCACACCCCAGCAACUAGAGAAGUAG